AAAAGUAUUCUCGUCUCUAACCUAAGUGGAUCUAACCAAAAAUGUAAAGUGCCAAACAGAACAUUACAAAGUUUCUUGUUUUACAUUACAAACAUUUUGUUACAACACAAAAUAGUAUCUUGGAGUAAGGCCACAUUAUUAUUGUUGAUAAGCAUGAAACAGUAAAUCUGCUGUUGAAACAAACUGGACACUAGAAAAUAGCAUUAUACCAGCAUAUGAAUUAAUCGACUAAUGAAAAAUGUCUGUGACACUGCAUACUGAUCUAGGGAAACUAAAAAUCGAACUGUUCUGCGAGCAUUGCCCAAAAGCAUGUGAAAACUUCUUAGCUUUAUGUGCUAGCGACUACUACAAUGGAUGCUUAUUCCACAGGAACAUAAAGGGUUUUAUCGUGCAGACAGGAGAUCCUGCGGGUACAGGCAAAGGCGGUAUGUCUAUUUGGGGCAAAAAGUUUGAAGACGAAUUCAAGGAACAAUUAAAGCAUAAUGUAAGAGGGACGAUAUCAAUGGCCAAUAACGGACCAAAUACAAAUGGAAGUCAAUUUUUCAUAUCCUACGCAUCCCAACCACAUUUAGAUCUAAAGUACACAAUAUUUGGAAAGGUAAUAGAUGGUUUUGAAACACUAGACGAGUUGGAGAAGUUGCCGGUACAUCCAAAAAAUUUCAAACCGCUUAACGAUAUCAGAAUUAAUAGUGUUACAAUUCAUGCCAAUCCUUUAGCUGGAUAAAUAUAAUUAUUUUUUAUUUA